GAGCUCGCCUGAUCAGGACUCGCACGGAUUCGCUCCAUCACCGCCACGCGUACCACUGCGGUAAAGAGGGAAGCGGAGCCCGGGCAUAGUGUCAACUUCAAGCGUUCCGCGCACUGCUGCGCGCUGUCUGUGUCUCUGGAAAAAAAGAGAGAAAAUCACAGGAUUAACGAACAGCACUCCAGGAGAUAAUCACUAAUCACUGUUGCUUUAGUGCGAGGAGGGAGGAAGUUUUUUCCCGUUGCUUCUCGUGCGGGUAACCUUGGCACUCAAGCCCGCAACAACUGCGAGGAUGGGACCGUUUCUCGUCUCCAUCGCUCUUUUCCUGAGCGUUGCUGUCCCGAAUGCAGCCAAAGAGGAGACGUGCGAGCCCAACCCAUGUGAGAAUGGGGGGACCUGCCUCACGGCACUGAGCAACGAGGCGUACACAUGUGAGUGUCGCACCGGCUUCACAGGGCCCAAGUGUGCUAGUAAUAUGGAGGUUGCGGCAGAUGGUGAGGACCCAACUCAAGCAGGACCGUGCCACCCAAACCCCUGCCACAACGGAGGGAUCUGUGAAGUCAGUGAGACCUACCGUGGAGACACUUUCAUAGGAUACAUCUGCAAGUGUCCUCAUGGCUUCAAUGGAAUCCACUGUCAGCACAAUGUUAAUGAAUGCGAAAGGGACCCAUGCAAAAACGGGGGCAUCUGCACGGAUCUGGUUGCCAACUACUCCUGUGAGUGCCCAGGGGAGUAUAUGGGGAGGAACUGCCAAUACAAGUGUUCCGGACCGCUGGGCAUGGAAGGGGGCAUCAUCUCCAACCAGCAGAUCACAGCCUCCUCCACGCACCGCGCCCUCUUCGGCCUACAGAAGUGGUACCCCUACUUCGCCCGUCUCAACAAGAAGGGCCUGGUGAACGCCUGGACCGCCGCUGAGAACGACAGAUGGCCCUGGAUUCAGAUAAACCUGCAGAGGAGGAUGCGGGUCACGGGCCUGAUAACGCAGGGGGCCAAGCGCAUCGGGAGCCCCGAGUACGUCAAGUCAUACAAAGUGGCCUCCAGCGACGACGGCAAGACCUGGAGGACAUACAAAGUCAAGGGCACCGACGAGGAUAUGGUCUUUCGUGGGAACGUGGAUAACAACACACCCUAUGCCACCUCUUUCACCCCUCCGAUCGAGGCCCAGUUCAUCCGCAUCUACCCCCAGGUGUGCCGGAGACACUGCACCAUGCGCAUGGAGCUGCUGGGCUGUGAGCUCACAGGAUGCUCAGAGCCGCUGGGCAUGAAGUCAGGGCACGUUCAGGACUACCAGAUCACAGCCUCCAGCAUCUUCCGGACGCUCAACAUGGACAUGUUCACCUGGGAGCCGGGCAAGGCGCGGCUGGACAAGCAGGGCAAGGUCAACGCCUGGACAUCCGGCCACAGUGACCAGUCCCAGUGGCUACAGGUCGACAUGCUGGUCCCUACUAAAAUCACCGGCAUCAUAACCCAGGGGGCGAAGGACUUUGGCCACGUGCAGUUUGUGGGCUCCUAUAAAGUGGCCUACAGCAACGACGGAGAGAGGUGGCUCGUAUAUCAAGACGAGAAGCAGAGGAAGGACAAGGUCUUCCAGGGCAACUUUGACAACGACACGCACAGAAAGAAUGUGAUAGACCCCCCCAUUUACGCCCGCUUUGUGCGGGUGCUGCCGUGGUCGUGGUACGGACGGAUCACCUUACGCGUGGAGCUACUCGGCUGCACGGAGGAGGAAUGAACUCUCGCCUCUCUGACCCCCGUUCUCAACAUGUGCAGGAGUCAGCAGCCCCCAUCCCCCGCCCCCCUCCCACAGUCAAUAUAAACUGUAUCCAAGAUGUAUAAAGAAAAUACGUUUCCAAUGGAUUUUUCAAGAA